ACAGAAAUACACAAUGUGGCGAUUUAAUGGAAAAAAUAUUUGUACAACAUUAAAUAUAACAACAAUUGCUAUACUAGUUUUUCUGAACAUUAAUAACGAAGCGUUCAUUGCUGUUGAAGGUUCGGAGCCUGAGUCAUUACAAGGAAAUUUUGCUUUAGCAAAAUUUUUCACAUUAGAAGACAAUAAUGCCGUCAGAACUUUUCAGCCCUUGGACAAACGCCAAUCCAAACAAACAGCAAAAGAAGUACAAGUGAGGAAUGGAAAUGAUGAGUCUGGGUUUGCAUUCGCUUUUGCAAAAAGAAAUGUUGAAAGAUUUGCUAAAAUAAAAAGGGGAGAAAGUAAAUCUGAGAUGCCAUUUGCCGUGGAACUUGUUGAGCUCGUUCCCGGCAAUAUAGUAAAUAAUGGCGGUGUUUCUGGUGCUCGCUUUGCCAGACACUCCGAACUCUCCAACUUUGCCAGACGUUGA